CGCGUAACGUCCUUCUGCGCAGAGUGUCGGCAGGCGGCUGUGGCGUGUGGAUGGAGGCCUCGGCCUCCGGCCGGGCGUGGCGGACCUGGCGGCGGGCCCGGGCCGCGGGCUCCCCGCUCUCCCGGGCCGCCAUCCUCCUCUUCUCCGCCUUUCUUGUGCGGGCGCCCCCGUCAGUUGGAUAUUUUGUUCGAUUUCCAAGAAGUUUUCGCUUGACCCAAGAAGCAGUGAAAAUAGUGGGAUCAUCAAAUUUUCCAGUGAAAGUAUAUGUCAUGCUCCAUCAAAAGAGUCCACAUGUGCUAUGUGUAACCCAACGACUGAGAAAUUCCGAACUGAUAGAUCCGUCAUUCCAAUGGCAUGGGCCAAAAGGAAAAAUUGUUUCAGAAAACAGCACUGCACAAGUAACAUCCACAGGAAGCCUUAUAUUUCAGAACUUCGAGGAGGCUAUGAGUGGAGUUUACACAUGUUUCCUCGAGUAUAAACCUACUGUGGAAGAAAUUGUUAAAAAUCUUCAACUAAAAUAUCUUGUAUAUGCAUAUCGUGAACCUCAUUAUUAUUACCAGUUCACAGCUCGUUAUCAUGCAGCUCCCUGCAAUAGUAUCUAUAAUAUUUCCUUUGAAAAGAAACUUCUUCAGAUUUUAAGCAAAUUGGUUCUUGAUCUUUCAUGUGAAAUUUCCUUACUGAAGUCUGAAUGCCAUCGUGUUAAAAUGCAAAGAGCUGGUUUGCAAAAUGAAUUGUUCUUUACAUUUUCGGUUUCAUCUCUAGACACUGAAAAAGGACCCAAGCCAUGUACAGAUCAUAAUUGUGAAUCUUCUAAAAGACUAUCUAAGGCUAAAAAUCUCAUAGAGAGAUUUUUUAAUCAACAAGUAGAAGUUCUGGGCAGACGUUCAGAUCCAUUGCCUGAAAUAUACUAUAUUGAAGGUACUCUCCAGAUGGUUUGGAUUAAUCGCUGCUUUCCAGGGUAUGGAAUGAAUGUCCUGAAACAUCCAAAAUGUCCUGAAUGCUGUGUGAUCUGCAGCCCUGGAUCUUACAAUCCCCGUGAUGGAAUUCACUGCCUUCAGUGUAACAGCAGUCUGGUGUAUGGAGCAAAAGCGUGUGUAUAGGACAUUCUUUUGAUUUAUUUGGUGGUUUAUUAAACAUAAAAGUAUAUUUUUGAAAUAUUAAUAUAUAAUAAAUCACUAUUAUGCUAAAAUUAAAUAAUCAGAUUUUACAAAAAAAAUGGUCUCAUCAUUUUAAUCAAACAUGGUAUGUCCAAAUAUUCUGUGUGAACAUCCUGUUUUCUUUAUCCAUGAAUGCUAAACCUACAUAUGAUUCCAGAAUAUCUCUUGUAUCAUUGUUUUAAAAAUAGUUUCAAAUUUUUUAUAACUUUCAUUUCAGCUUGUUUCAUUCCUUUGAUUUAAUUUUAUGGAACUUUAGCUAUUCUAGUUCACCCUUUCAUAGUUCAAAGCUAGUUUUAAAGCCUGUAUCUUAUUACUGCAGUUGUUAGCCUCUUUAAUAUAAGACGUGGUCCCAUCCACACUGUGGGCUUUGAAAACAUAGUUCAAUGUGGCUAUCUUAAACUUCCAUUUUAAAGUCUCUUAAAUUACCUUCUUGACAUUCAGAAUGGAAUGGAGAAAUCAUUAUGUUUCCCUAAAUUAACAUUUGAACUUUCUCAGUGGAGAGACUAAGAUAUUUCUUUCCCUGAUAAUUCUUCUAGAAAAAUAAUCAGUCAUUACAACAUUUAUUUCAUUUCAGUAUUAAAAAAGAGUAUUAUGUGAUAGUUAUUACUGAUAUCACCACUAAUAUUUAUCUUCUCUCACACAAGAAUGCUAUAUUUGAAUAUGGAAAUUUACCAGAGGUUUAAGCACCAGGAAAAUAUAUAAAUAACUUUAAAAGUGAAUAGUUUCUCAAUUUCCUAAUUAUUGUCUGACUUAUAUUUGUAUCACCUUUGCUCUGGAACAUUCUCUGUUUUGUUCUUCAUAUUUCCUUUUUUAAAAGGACAUAAAUAUUUGUACAUAUCAAAUAACACAAAUUAGAUGUGGGAAACACAUUAGCAGAAAAAGUAUUAAUUACAUUUUGGGAACCUUUAACCUUGACAAAACAGACCAAUUAGUAACUAAGUGUAGUGUCCAGCCAUCCUGUGGACAUAUAUUAUCCUGGAAUUCUCACACAAAUAAAAGUGGAAGAUAAAUUACCUGUGGCUGUAUUUUGUUGUUAGCCCUGCUAGUGUUUUUUUUUUAAUCCCUUUCAUUAUCAUGAUGUAAUUGUUUUCAUAGAGUUUUUUCAAAUGCCUUCUUUCCUCUGGUAAGUAACAUAUUGAGCAUUACUACACUACUGUAGUGAGUUAUUGUUCUUUACUACAUAACUAGUACAUAUUAAGUGUAUAAAAUGAUGAAUUAGAUAUAUUCUUUCCUUAUUUUUUACUCCUUAACACUGACUAACUUUAUUCUGUUAUUUGAAAUUUUAAUAAACAUAACUUAUGAUGUUUUUCCGACACAUGAAUAGUUAUCACAUAAGUAGUUGGUCAGCCUAGAGGCAAAGUUGGGAUAGCAGUGGUAAGUCCUGGAGAUCAGAAUCUGUCCUGAAGACACAGGUGAUCUGGGUAAGAAUAGAUAAAAAGUAAGAGGAAGAUAGGAAUAAGUUCAGCAUUCUUAGCUUAGACAGGCAGACUGGAAAUGAACCUUCACAAAUUCCAAAGUGUAGAACAAGAUAAGAGAACAGUUGGCAGAAGUUGAAACAGGAAAAAUAUAGAAGAAAGGGAGGCAUUAAUUACUUCAUGUUCUUGUUUUCUGUGGUGAAAUAUUUUUGCUUUAUUAUAUUAUAUUUAUUUUUGUUGGUUGUGUACCUUUCUUUCACAUUGAGUUAUACUAGGAUAUUCCUGGUUUCAUAAUCCUCUUCAUAGGAUAUAGUUAAGUGCCUAAUAAUUUAAUUAAUACAUAGAUAUUUAAAAUCCUUUGAGUAAAACUACUUCAAUAGCUAAAAGAAAAGUAACUUGUUAUAAUGUCAGAAACACUGUUGAAGGUCAUUUAAAGUUAUGAUAAUGAGUAUGAUAAAAAUUAUAAAGUAACCUAAGAAAGAUUAUUGUCAUAAAUCAACUUCUGUUGAAUCUUUGCUUUUAUCAAAAUAUUUUACAUUAAAAAAUACCUUGCAUUUAUAUAAUGCCUUAAUUUUCACAAUAUUCUUCAAAAUUGUAUGAUCUGAUAUUUUUACCAAACUCUGAAGUUAGAAAGGCAAAUAUUAUUCCCAUUUUGUAUUUAUUAGAUUUUUUUUCUCACUAUAAAUAUGUAAUAUGUGUUCAUUUGGCAACAUGUGAAAAGAUCCUUAACAAAUUUGGUCCACUAAUCUUACCUUUUGAAAACUCUCCUAAGGAGAUCAGGUGAAAUAUUACAUCCAGUGGUAUUAAUUGCCACAUUUUAUAUAGUAAUAAAAAGGAAAUUAAUUUAAGUAACCUACAAGAGAGAAAUGGUUGAAUAAAUUAUGUUGUUUUCAUAUAAGAAAAUGUUACUGAGCCAUUAAAAUCACAUUUCCAAAUUAAAAUAAUUAGGAUGAUAUAUAUAUAAUUUUUUAAUUUAUCUGCAAUGUUAUUAUCUGUAUUGUUCAGAUUUUUUUAAAUGCACCAAAAUGUUAACGAUGAAAGUCUUAUUGUAAUAGGAUCAUGUGUGAGUUUUUGACGC